AAAAAGAAAAACGUCCUGCGGUGAAAUUUGAAGAACUGAUGGCUUCAGACGCACCUGAGGGAGGGGGAAGCAAUGCGGCCCUUCUUGAUGUUAGCUUUGGAUGGCCAUUCAACUUCCGCCUUAGAAUUAAUGAUCCCGACACGGUUAGAUCCUUGUCAUCUAAGGUUGCUAAUGCGCUUGGUUUUGGGUUAGUUGCGACUGGCAUAGGGAUUGGCGCCCUUUGUUAUAAACAUCCUGAAUUCGUGAUGGGAAUUGUACAAAGAGUUUUUACAGCACCAGGGCUUGAAGUAGGAAGUGUUACACCUGGCUCAGUUCUUGUGGAGUUGCAUUGUAAUAGCGAGAAGAGCUUUCGAUCAUUCAUGGAAGAUUUCGAGGCAAGGAAAGUGCAGGAGCGGUUGAAUAAAGAGUUUGAAAAUAGUGGUUAUAUUGGGGAGGAGCUAGAAAUGACCAUCACUAAUUACAAAGAAGCCGAAAAGUUCUUGGAACAAUUUUCGAGGUAUGCGGUCGCUUUGCAUCUAUUACCUAGAUACAAUCGGACUUGUUUAUACUAGUAGGUUGAGUUUGAUCGUCCGGGUGAACGUAGUCCUGAAUAGGACUGUUGUUGUUGACAGUGACUGACGUUUCGACAACCUGUGCGGUAGUCGUCUUCAGAGUCAAAGUUGGUUGUAUCACGUCAGUUAAUGGUAUUAUACUCUGGUUAUUGAUCUGAUUGGUCAAUUACAUCGCGAUGUUAUUGGUCGUCUGUCAGUUAAAUCGUUAUGUUAUUGGCUAUGAAGACUCGUAAUUAAUAAUUGGUGCGUUUCGAUCCAGUCGUCUUUUGUUAGUCAAAUUGUCAGUUCUCCAGUCUCAGACCAGUCGUUCUCUCGUAGUUAGUUUUGCUUGAUCUCGUCAAUAAGUCGUUUGUACGGCGCUGGUACCUGUGGGGUGUUGGUAACUGUUGGUAAAUGCUGCGACUGCCAGGCUUCUUACAUUACCAGCGAUCAAACUCAACCUACUUUUGAAAUGAUUCCUGGGUUCAAACCUUUCACAGUUCUUGUUUAUACUAGUUAUGCAAUGCUUUCUCUUGGUUUAACGUGAAAUAUCCCAAGAGUGAUUUUUCGUAGUAUAAACACGAGCCUUUAGGUGAGUGUGUAAACGAAGACAAAUCAUGUUACGAGAGGGAUAUUCACGGUAUACCACGAGAAAGCAUUGCAUAAAUAAUUUAUCCCAUGCCACUCAACAUGCCCAUCAAAUUUUCAUAGGAAACCUUGACAUCACAGGUAAACUCGAAGAAAGUCACCUUAAAUACAACUCGAAGAACAAUUCCCAAAUGAACAGGCUGUCUUAUGAUAGCUGAUGUUUUUGUUCACCUCUGUCUGCUUUACGUGCGUCCUUAAGAAAAUGUUAAGAUCGCUGUCGAACGUUUCUAACGGGAUUUCAGGUAGGCUGCAUUCUUUAUGUAUACCACAGGGGAGGGAUUGCCUGAGUGCAGACGUCUCCUAUUUCCCUUGUUGCACGCGGAAAAGGGACGUUUGCGUAACGCCGUCGCUAAUCGUGUUCCAGCGUCCCACGUCCCUAUUCCGCGUGCAACAAAGGAAAUAGGAGACGUCUGCACGCAGGAAAGGGAGGGAGGGCAGAGGAUUUUUAGGAGGGAUCUUGAAUUUUUUCAGAGAGAAAAGAGGAAGAUCCGAAUGCAAUAAUUGUUUUAUUUUUCAUUAAAAAAUCCUAGUUUGAAAAAGAAGCUGAAACAGGCUUACCUUGAUCGAUAUAAAGUCUUCUUUUAACUGUAUCUUGGCAAGUUCAGGAUAAAAAGAAAUGUUUAGUUCCGCAGAUAUUCGUCAAAUAGCAAAUGUCAUCCGUCGAGUUGUUUUCUUGCUGUUUUUGUUAUCUUUUUAGGAAGUGGUUCGGCUAUUCUUCUUCGCGAAACGUGUGAAGUGUUCUUGAAUUUUGCAUUGCACUACUGACCAAAACAACGCAACCUAGUCCCCAGGGCCGCUUGUUGCUGUACUAUGUACUGACGCCAUUUUCCAGAUAUCGCAAACGUCUUUCAAAUCUAGUCAAGACUAGCUGGUUAUGGAGAACAAGAACGCUCUAAAAAGCUUUCCAGUCUAGCUUGCUUGGAGAUUAGAGACGCAAUAAGACGCUCUAAAAAUAUUGACUCGAACUUGCUUGAAGAUAACAUAAGAAAUAAGGAGGCAAUUCUCAAGGAGCCUGUGUUCGGGCGUGGAAGCCAUAGGAACCAUUCGCCACUUUAGAAAAUACCAUAAUAAUUUUUUGUCAUUUUUGGGGGGCCGGGGGGGGGGCCAAAAGAUUAAUAAGGUAUUUUCUGAAGUCGCGAAUGUGGGGAAGGAGAAAAAAGUGCUGGCUAGCCAGAUUACACAGUAACCAUUGACUGCCUUUCAAUUGGUACAUACAAUAAUACAAUAUUCCAAUUUAUAGACUGGUAGAUUCUAUUGGAAAUUAAGUCCUGCGUGACAGUCAAGUACAGCUACCCUUAACACAUCCGUGACAGAUACGUGACCAAGUGUUGAAGGUUAAGUCAUUGAUAUCUCAAGUAUUUGUAAAGUGCAAUGCGACCACACAUCUUAACAACUGCGAAAAUCUAUCGAUUAAAUACAUUCAACGAAGUGAAUCUGCCAUAAAAAAUCGAUUCUUCAAUUCACGGGAAUUUAAAUUCACUUGACUCCCAACUCUUCGUCUUGCAACAACGUAGCUUUCUACACGAAACAGGAUUUCCUUGCUAUAAGAAUUUUAUGUCCUUUUUUAGCGAUGGUAAAAAUACCUUUUGGCGAAACAUGAUCAAAAGCUGGAUCAACAUGGCGCGUCAUUUCAAUCAUCGCCGAAAAUAAACCGCAUGAUCAUCGAAAUACUCAUUUGCAUACAAUGAAAGUUUACAUACCCUCACCAUCGAAAUUUUUUCGUUUUCUUUUUUUCAACCACUGAAGUAUUCACUUGUUCCAAAAUAAUCAACGAUUUCAAGCGAUAGAAUUCGUAGAGCGACACGUUCAGGAAAAGCUCCGUAUCUUUCGCAUUGAUCUUCCCUGCAUGGCUUUCAUCACGUCGAGAUACUUAUCCCAGUUUCCACGGUCUUCGCUACGAACGCCUGGCACUAUGACCCCUUUUUGGGGUCCACAUACGAAAAAAAAAAUUUGAAAGAAACGCUUGCAUGCGCUGGGAUUUGAGCCAGUCAGAAAAAGAGAAAUACGUUGAGUGAUAGUAAGUGAGUAGAUCCAAAAACUUUUGUCACAAUAAUUCUUCCGUGUUUACCAUAAUAAGUUUAUUUAUUUAUUUAUUUUUUUUUUAUCAUAAUAAGUUAAAGGAGCUGUGUCACGAAAUUUAUCACUUAUUUAUCAGACAGUGGCAAAAGCCACCAACUAAGUGAAACAGGAAAAUAACAGCUCAAUACACGAUAAGAAGGUAUGAAAAAUAUAGCAAAAACAAAGGGGAAACGAAUGAACAAACUUGAAGAAGACCGAAAGGAAUUGCGAUUGUGUUUUUUGAAAACCUGGUAUCCUGACAAUUUUUCGAAGUUCAUUUUUGUUUUUAAAGUUUGAUAUAAUGCUUAGGAGACAUCUCAAGUUCCGUAGCAAAUAAAGACAUGCAACUGCCAUUAGAGCGGAGCUUCCAUUGCCAUAGAAAAUGAAACUUACCAAUAAAAUUUGGCUAUGACGUCAGCGUUCGUACGAUCUGAAAGAGAAGGACUAAGUAGACUCUGCAAGGGAGACGAAGAGGAAUCCUAGGAAUUCAGCUUGAGCAGGAGCCGAAAAAUAUUCCGCGAAAGAUAUUUCUAAAAAUAGAUUUUCACGGAAAAGGGUUGACUUGAAGAGCUUAUAUGGGAGAUGAAGGCUCCAAGUAACCGGCUCCUGGCUUGUGUUGGUCCUGGCGAAAAAAUAACCGGUUCAGCGGUUUGAAGCAGCCAGUUGCAGUAAAGAUCUUGAAUUUCGUUUGUUUGAAAAACCUUGAAAACUUUAAAAAAUAUAUUUUUAAGCAUGUGCUUUGAGCUUGGUCACGUUUUUGGUCAUGCUGCAGAACCAAUCUAUGCAGCAUCUUCAAGUUUGUUUACCGACAACUGAACCGUCAUAUAGUUAAGUUUUAAGUUUUUUGAGCUGAGUAUCAUCUGAAGAAUUAUGGAGAUCGAGGAAGGAGUUAUGCGCCGAGGCCGAUUACACCCUCCUGGAUUUCCAUAAUUCUUCAGAUGAUACGAAAGCCGAAUUCGAUAAUUGUUUUAUUAUUUAUUGUUUAAAGAUGUUGUAACGCUCAUAGUUUGUAGUCCAUAAAGUCUAUCACACGUUUUUCAGUGAAUACACUGCACAAUACCUGAACACGAACCGCACAAUUUGUAUAGAUUUAAUAAUUUAAAGCUGUCCUAGGUCUGUUUCCAAAGAAAUCAAACGAUACCUUAUGGUAAAUUCUUUUUUAGAUACAGCGAUGCAUAAUUGUAAAGGCUAAUUUACACCUAACUGUCCGCCUUGGCCCAAUGGAAAGUAAACAAUAAACUUAAGACGAACACAAAAGUUGCCCCGAUUUUCUGUUAGGACUUUCCUUUAGACAGAAAUGUUGACUCUAGAAAUCGUAACCUGUAAAUUGGCUGCUACCGGGGAGUAUUGUGCAUUAAAACGACUGUUUUUGCUGUAUACUUAAGCUUGAUGCUAGAGUUUUCAUUUUUGGGUGUGUUUGAAGGAUAUUUUUUCUUAAUCACCCAGCCCCCACCUUUAAGGGAGGAUUCUCUUUAGUGGCUUAGAGUUUAUUAUAAACGGAGGGUUGGUUUUUAGCCGUGGCUAAACCUAUAUAUUACAUUUAUUAUUAUUUUAUCAUAUUUAUAUUUAUUAUUUGUCGUGCGAACACGCGAGUAACUAAAAAAUGACAGUUGGUAGCCUGAGUAUUAGGCUUCUUUAGGAUCGGGGGAGGGAAGAGAGAAGCGAAACGGAGUACAGCGAGGACAGAGCUCAACAAAAGAAAAAGAAAAGAAUAAAGGCCAGAAGAUAUAAAGAACACUAUGCACUAUUUAAAAACUCCUUUCGUUUUUAACCAGAGCACCAGAGCACCAGAAACUGCUAGAGUUUAUUUAAAAAGGUUCCUUUAAAAUUACUGUAUCUCGCCUCAGCUGAAUCUGAUAGGAGGUCAUCCCUCACAAUACAUAAAGCUCAGUGCUGCAGGGUUUGAAAGCCAUCCUUUGGUAGUUUUUUACUUCAAUUUGUUUGCUAGCCUAAGAACUGGGAGAGAUUUUUUUUACUGAUAUAGUUAAAAUGAUUCAAAAAAGAAGUCGUAUACAAGCUCAGCAGUUAUUUCUUCGCUAACUUGGCACUAUGGUGUAGUAAGCCGUAUUUUUCAGAGGAGGUCUUGACUCACUAUCAUCCGUAUUUUAGGCGACUCCUCUGCUGAAGCAUUCAGCACAUUUUGCUAUUUUCUCUCAUUCCCUCACAUCAAGAUGGUUUACACGCACAAGUACAAGCAUAGGCAUACGAAAUUAAACUGGUGCCACGAAGACAUAAGCACAAGAAAAGGAAGCUUUGAAUUGCGAUUUUGCUUAUUUUUACAUGGCUUUGUCUUUUCAUACAUGACGAGUGCGAUGCAAACAUCCAAGCUUAAGCACAAGCAGCAAAAACAGCGCUUGUCACUAAAACCUUAGCCUGAAUUUCAUCCAAUUACUUCGAGUCGUUAUUACUCCCUCGGUAACGUCUGAAUCGACCGGCCGUUAAUGCCGUCCAGUGACGUCACUAAUCUUUGCUUUAAUUCAUGCAAAAAGUAAAACACGACUUUCAAGUGGUAAACCAAGAAAUAUCGUUUGGAAAUGCCUACAUUAUGCAUAACAGCUGACAGAAUUACUUUACUCGAUCUUGUCGAUCGUAAUUCAUGUUUAACAUUCAAACUAUCAACUGCAAGCAGUACUCUGAACCGGUUGUAAUUGAAAUAAGUACAUACACGGAACACUUAGUUAAAAAACACAACGAUUUCCUUCAAUUGAAAUGAAGCUAUUUGGUCCUUAACGAAGAAAAAAGGAAACAAAGAAACAAGAAAGAAAAGCUAACAGAAUCAUUACACUUGACGGUGAAAAUUAUUAUAACAAGAAGCUCGAAUGCCAAUGUGACAUUGGUCUCAGAAACUUCACAUAAACAAAAUCACUGCGGAAACCACAAAGCGGCUCUAAAUGAAAAACCUACCGACUCUCCGCAUUGCAUUCACAGUUCAAUUUACAAAUUCAGUUUGGAAGACAAGAGCAAUUUUGCUGUUUAUGGUAAAGAUAUCGAAAUGUUUGAACUCCACGCAAGCAUGCUUACCGAUGCGAUCCGCUGAAUAUCAAGCGACAAUCCCGCUAAAAUUUCUCACAUAAUUAUGCGAAUGCUUAGACAAUCAACCAAUAAAAAUCUCUACCCGGUUUUCGGGUAGUAGUGACGUCACUGGACGGCAUUAACGGCAGGUCGAUUCAGACGUUGCUGAGAAGAGAAAAGGACUCGAAGCAAUCGAAUGAUAUUCAGGCUACUAAAACCUUUUCCUCCUUCCAUCUAAAAUUUCUCCUUAUGAGCCUUCGAAUUUUAUCCGUUUUAUGUUUUGUGCACGUGUAAACAUUCUUGUACUUGUGCUGCUUACACUGCAAUUAAGGUGGCUCGACUAGAUCUUUUCGGGAGUAUACCUCCCCACUUUGAGCGUUUACCACGUCGGCAUUAACAAGGGUUACCACAGCUACACUGUAUAAAGAUGAAAAUUUGUUAUAUAUGAUCCAUGCUUUACUGACAUCAGAAUUAUCAUGACAACAAAAUAACGUUUUUUACUUGCCUUUGUAUUUCUCGGUACUAGGAAUUUUUUUCAGAAAUCGCUUAAGGGAACAUUUUUUCUUGUUCUUCGCUUAGUUGUUUCAAUUAUGGCAAUUAUGGUCAAAGUAGUCCCCCCCUUUUUUUCGCACAAAGUUUCAAAUGGAAUCAAACCACUAUGAGAUGAAACUGCAUCUCGAGACCUCAUCAUUUUCUUUAGAUACUGAUUAGCUAAUUAUGUCGAUAGUAUGUUUAUUCACUGUAUUUAUGACCCUUAAAUCUUUGUUUCAAAAUAUCUUCAAAAUGCUCUCAUAGAAUUUGAUCAAACUUUGCCAUAAUUGAGGCAACUAUAAGGGAGAUGCAAGCUCCCUUAAGCGAUUUCUGAAAAAAAACUCCAAGUACGGAGAAAUACAAAGGCAAGUUAAAAAGGUAAUGGUGCCAUUAUGUUGCCAUGGUAACUCUGAUGUCAAUAAAACAUGGAGGGCAAAUUUUCAUCUUUACAUAGUGCAGCUGUGGUAGCUUUUUUCUGAUAUCUUUGGUAAUGCCGACGUGGUAAACACUCGAAGUGGGUAAGUAUACUCCGUUAAAAUCCAGUUGAGCCACCUUAAAUAUCCUUAUGUUUUAGUUCGUAACAAAUAUUGACCAGCUCUAAAAUCUACAUGUUAUGUAUUUAUUCAGACAACCCGAAAGUAGUGAACGCGACUUCAGGCAAAGGGAAGUAUUCUUUUACAGAGACGUAACCGUAGCAGGUAAGUUUUGACAGUUUUGGUUACUUAAAGAUUUUAGAACCAAUUGGAAGACAGUUCCAGCUGCGAAUACACAUUGCCUUUUGAAGGAAUUCGCAUUUGUCUGCAAGAAAAAACAGGCAAUGACGUCAUUGCUGAGAAAAUUUCUAUCUCAACGUAACACUGAUCACAACAAAUCUUUAUCUUUAUUUUAUUCAGCUGUCAGUGGUAGUUAUAGUUUUCCCAAGUCCUUGCUAAUGGCGAUGUAGUUAAUGCAGUUAAAGAGAAGAAAUUGACAUACCCGUUAGUAGAUGAAAAUGGUGAAAGCAUUACCAGCACAGAAAUAGUCGCCAAAAAAUUCUGUUGAUAUUUCACGAGCAUCGGUCCAAAUUUGGCCGAUUAAAUAGCCCCUGCCUCCAAGUCGUUCCAGGAUUUUAUAAACAGUGUGCCCUCAGACUCGCUGUCAAGUUUUACUCAUGUCACCUCCGAUGAACCCAAAACAAUAACAAAAGGUUUUAAGGACGGUAAGGCCCCCGGAGCUGACAACAUUCCAAUUUCUAUUAUCAGAAAAACACUCGACCUUAUUUCAGAUGCGCUUCUAUCAAUUAUUAACCUAUCUUUGUCAUCAGGAGUUUUUCCAGAUAGACUGAAAAGGUGUAAAAUUAUUCUGUCGUUAAAUCUGUUAACGCUAGCCUAGUACAAAACUACCGACCAUUUUCUAUACUUCCUGCCUUUUCUAAAAUUUUUGAAAGAGCUGUCUAUGAUCGCAUAUUUCAAUUCUUAGUCGAUGAUGACAUAUUAUUUAAACAUCAAUUCGGUUUUCGUCCUGGUCACUCUACUUCCCACGCCUGAUCAACUUCGUGAACAAAGUUGCUAACGCCGUUGACUGCCAAAAAUAUUUAGAUGGUAUAUUUCUUGACUUAUCGAAAGCCUUUGAUACGCUAGAUCACGCAAUAAUACUAUCAAAAUUGGAAGCAUGUGGCAUCACUGGGACAGCCCAUCAAUGGAUAACUGACUAUUUUAGUAAUAGAAUACAAUUCGUCCAAAUUGGCGAUUCUAAUUCCGAUGCUUUAAACAGAUUUGAGGCGUACCGCAAGGCUCUAAACUAGGCCCCCUCUUUUCUUUCAUUAUUUACAUCAAUGAUCUCCCAGUCAGCUCAAAUGAACUCGAAUUCACAUUAUUUGCUGAUGACACCAGUAUACUUUUUAACAUAGUGACCUGCAUGUACUUAGCUCCCAUCUUAACGACCAGCUCCACAGUUAAAAGCCAAUAAGUUAUCAAUCAACGUUAAGAAAACAAAACUAACGAUUUUCAGACCAAGGUAAAAGACGUUACCUAUAACAAGGCAGAUUAUUAUAGAAACAAUGUACUUGAAGAAGUAGAUAAUACUAAGUUCCUCGGAGUUUAUAUUGAUCAGCACCUUUCGUGGAAAACUCAUGUUAAUUUUAUUGCGGCUAAGAUUUCUAAAUCUGAUGUGAAGUAUAUGAAAUAAUUCAUUUUUGAACUGCGGUUGUAGAUGAAAGUGAAGAAUGAUCAUCGCAGUAAAUUUUCCGGUUUGAAAAUUCUUGAUGUUUUUAGUAUCUACUCUCUCCAAGUAAGUUCUUUCAUGUACCUGUAUCAUAAUGAUGCUUUACCUAUUUCUUUCACUCAAAUCUUUCCAACCGGAAAUCAGAUUCAUCAAUAUUCAACCAGAUACUCUGACUUUUACCGAUCUCAUACCUGUGGAACAAAUAUUAAACAAUUUUCGAUCCUGUUUCAAGGUCCUAUAAUAUGGAAUUCAUUACCGAACAACAUCAAAUACGCCAGGACUUUUAAUAUAUCCAAGUGUGUGAUCAAAACAAUUUUAAAGGUCAGACAGGAUGCAAACUAAAUACCUUAGAACCUUAUAUCUAUAUCUUCUCUUAAACACUUAAAAUACUCGUCUUUUUUUCUUUAUUUUAAAUGCCGCCUAGUAUUUAAAUUACCGGUGAGGGGGAAAUCUCUAUUCCUCAUAAGCUCGGCUUUUCGGAGAUUUCCCCGCCACAGUCACUCCUUCUAUAAGUUGUAUCCUAAUUUUAAAUUUAAUGUUACGUGACCUAUUUAUUAUCUUUUUGUUCUACUUGUAAUUUAUUCUGUGUGGCAAAAUAAUAAAACAAAAUGCUGAAAAUAGACCGGCAGCUACCUUGAAUUACUUAGAUUUAAGGAGUAUUAUGGGAUGCCCAGGGGACAUGAGCACGAUCCGAUGUACUCGUUCAGUAUUUACGCGCGCUUUUCGGGCCCAUUUUUCUUUAAGUUUUCCUAGCAAAAACAAUGGUUGUGCCGUGUUUGGAUGUAAUAAUGAUCGCCUUUUUCCUGAUAAAUAUACAGUGAAGUUCUCUUUUUGCCCGAAAAGCGCGCGUUAAGACUGUGCGAGUGCCCCGUGGACAUCCCAUAAUACUCUUUAAAUCUAAUAAAUUCAACAUGGCCGCUGUAUCGGUAUUAAUCUUAUUUUGAGUCGUAGCAUAACGACAGAACUUAAAAGAUGGAUCAAUGCCAGACUUAAGUUUUUAAACCUUGAAAGUGCCUAACGUGCGUUUAUUGUCGUCCUAGGCUCAAAAGAGACAGUUGAGCGAUAUUUUCCCGAGGCAAUCUCAUCUUCCACCGCCGCAAAACGAAAAGGAGAACUCCUAUCACCAGGUGAUUGAAUUAAUAUAAAUCACAGAUAUAGAUGUGUCAGUCAAAUACUUUUUAAACGAUUUCUUUUUUCCGUGCAUGAUUGCCCUUUUGCUUGCCUUUCGGAUUAUUUUGUUGGAAAUUUGAACUUGCGUUAUCGCCAAGAGUAAGUUACCACUCUCGUCUCAGUGUCUCGUUUUUUUUUUUUUUUGCGAGACGGGCGUCUCGUCCAAAGGAACGAAAACAAAAUACAAUAAAUCAUCUGAUGGUCACAUUUUUAUGCUAUGGAAGGAUUUACACGGUACAGUACCGUAGGAAACGCCAUUACAAGUACAAUGAAUACGUGUGAGUUAGAAACUAAUCUAAUAAAAAUUCCUGAAUUAAUCUAACUUACUUUUGAGCGGAACUAUAUACAGUACGGUGCAAAAGAAACUGCGAAAUUUCGCAACAGCGAAAAUUCUCAGUCGCGCAAUUUCGCCAGCGCGAAAAUUCGCAGCUGCGAAAUUUCCACAAAGCGAAAUUUUGCUGGCAGUGGAGGAGGGUUGUAAUGAAAACCUUUUGUUUUGUUUAAACCAUUAGUCCAAGUAAUUUAUUCAGUUUAGACUUCAGUCGCACGCGCGGCUUAACUACAUGUAAUCCUUAAAGAAAGGCUUAUUGAUUCCGCUAUAUAUCUUGUUUAUCGUCUUUACACUUUUGACUUUAGUCACACGCGCGGCUUUUUAAGGUGGGACUUUGCAUGUAAGUCAAAAGCGUAUUGUUUAUUUAUAAAACUGGAAAUUCAUUUGGCUCUCAAAGAAAAAAAGGUUUACCCUUUUCAAUUAUUAUCGUCUCAAUACCCUAAACCAUUAGUGCGGAUAACGAAUAAGCUAAUUCUCACAGUAAGUCAAUCAAUUCAACUAUCUGGUUUACGAUCAUCGCACGCGCGGCUUUAGAGGUAAGACUUUGCAUUUAUUGCAAGGUUGCAUUGUUCACUGAUACUGGGCGGGUUAGGUUCAUUUGGCUCUCUUGUAAUUAAAAUAAUAUCCUGUUUCCAGUUAUUCUGGUCUAAACACCCUAAACCAUAUAGCCCCAAUAUAACAAAUAAACUUAACUGAAAUCUCAAAGUACUUUAUUGUACUUUAGCUUCAGUCGCACGCUUGGCUUUAGAGGUGAGACUUUUCAUGUACGUCAAAAGCAAAUUGUUUAUUAAUAACCUGGAAAUUUCAUUCGGCUCAAAGAUAAAAAUUUUCACCCGUUAUUAUUUAUUAUCGUCUCAAUACCCUAGACCAUUAGUUAGAAUAACCAAUAAAAUAAUCUUCAUAGAAAGGCUAAUUAGUUUCACUAUACAUCAGUCCUGUUUACCGUCUUUGCACUUUUGACUUUAGUCACGCGCGCAGCUUUUUAAGCUGAGACUUUGAUAAGCCGGGCAUUUCAUUUGGCUCUCAAAGAUAACGUUUUGAUCCUUUUUCAGCUAUUUUCAUCUUAGUACACUAGAACAUUGGUCCGAAUAACCAAUAAACUAAUCCUCACAGAAAGGCUACUUGAUUGCACUAUCCGGUUUACGGUGAUCGCACAGUAGUGUACUACGUUGAAAUUUAACUUAGUCAGAGCACGUGCGCGCGUGAAAGCAUUUGUUGCAAAUGCCCUUUUGUGUCUGAAAACUGAUCGCAUAGCUUAGUGCAUUUGCCACGCGUAGUCAUCGAUAAAGGAAGAUAAAUAGUUUACGUAUACAGUAAUUAAACAAGGCCACACAAAAUACACUGUAGUUUGACGAUUUUCUUUUAUCACGGUACAGAAGCGGCGCGGGCGAACCGAAUUAAAGUAAGACAGAAAUCGGAAACAAGAAUGUUUUGUUCUUUAUUUAUUCUGCAUUAAGCUUUAUUAUAAAGUGUAUCAGUAUGCAAUAGAUAACUUCAAGCUAAUUGCAGGAAUACAUGUAUUAGCUAGCGAGACGUUUAAACCAAAAUUAUGUUGAGAAAGAAGUAAAAAAAAGUUACCAGUCAAAAAGCACCGUUCCGCCUUAAAACCUCUCCACAAUUGUAGCAUUCGUUGCGAUGUUUCUUUUUCCAAUAAUGAUCACGAUUACAUGUACCUGUACUUUUGCAUGAGGUGAUGAUUACAGUUAUUCUUUAGUCAGCUACAAAUUCUUGAAAGACGAAAUUUCCUUUCGUGGAAGCGAAAUUUCGUCUCGUCCAAACGAUAUUUCGUUUCGCCGAAACGAAAUUUCGCUUCGUCGAAGCGAAACUUCGUUCUAAUGACACGAAAUUAACGGGCACGAAAUUUCGCUUCAUGCCGCGAAAUUUCGUUUCGAUUAAUCACCUUGCUUGCGAAAUUUCGCCGACAUCAGAACAAUAGAAGCACCGAAAUUUCGCCGCUUUUUCGUCUGAAGCGAAAGUUCGCAAUCUGAUUGCCGGAAUUCGCGUAAUUUCGCUUAUUUUGGCAAAUUUCGUUUGCAUUUCUUUUGCACAGUACUGUACUUUACUUGAAAUAACUUUCAUAACUUUCGAUUAAUCCUGGCCAGUGGUGCUUUUCUAAGGAGAUUGGGGUGAGAAUGAAAAACGCAUUUUAAUGUGCAAAUGCCGGUCAAUUAAAAAACGAUUGUGCUUAGACAGGCAUAACCAGCUGAUCAUCAACAUGGACGUAUUCGUACAACCAAUCCAUCAUUUACAUUUUUAGAUCUAACCUUUAAUCUAGUCACACAUUUCUGACGGCUGACCUAAAAUUAUAGUUGUCUACCAACAAGACAAAACAAGACAAGACAAGACAAUGCUUUAUUUGAAGGAAGGUUCUACUUGUUCUUGGCUACUAUGAGUGUGGUCCCCGGCUACUUUCAUUGGAAAAUAGAAAAAAAAAUAGAACCAAAAGAAAUCCCUAGCUGACUCCAGUAAUGUAGCAGCUGCUCAUAAGGUGUUUCCUCAUUGGUCGCAGUAAACAAUGCGAAAUAAUGAUAAGCAAUGAUGUGUGAUACUGUUUCACAGUUAGGGUAUAGAACCAAUUGGCUUUUACGAUGAGGAGAGGUGUCAGCUGUUUGAUUCUAUGACUACUUGUUGUAUUUACCCAGAAACUAGAAAUCUGAAUACAACAAUAUCUUGAUGCCGAAAUGAAAUAAUCUCCCCCUACAAAUUAGCGUCCCGAAUCAAAAGAGGGGGCUAUCUCCAACGUUUACGGUACAUCUAGUUACACCAUCUAUGUUAUUUCAUUGUUGCUGUGUUCAAAUUUGCGCACGUAAGUUGAAAAAAUUUGGAUAUAAAGUUUCCUCGCAUUUGAAACCUCUCCAGAAGCCACUAUGAGUAAAAUCCCUUGAAAAAAGUCUAUGAAAAAUGUAAGUACAGGGGACAGAAUUUUUCGAAAGAUGUAGCUGUCUAGCAGCCUAUCCAUUCUGACUUUUUAGGGGUAAAAUACCUGGAAAAGUUAAUCUUCUCCUAAGAAGCAGUGCACUCGGAAUAACAUUUUCAGCCGUUAUAUCGCUUGCAUUUCAUUAAGGCUACCUAAGGUUCAUUUAUAGGUGGGUGAAUUCUCACAACAUGCUUGGACUAAAGGAAGAGUCAGCUUAAAAUAAUGGUUAUACGACCAUAACAGUUCUUGUGAUUAAUCUUAUCGCCUUAGAAGACCCGGGGGCACUCACUUAUUUGGCCUAUACGGUUAUGUGCAGCUGCACAGGGUGUUUUCAGGGUCUUGAGUCUUAAACAGGGUAUAUAAUUUUGCUAUUGAGCGUCUUGGACAGGGUGUGAAUUUUGGCGGUUCGCGGUGUACGUGUGAAACGAAGUUUUUUAAAAUAAUCUAAUUUUGAUCUGUCAGUAACCUCAAAAAAAAUCUUUUUGCAUUUAUGUGACUCCAAAACAAAUUAAAUAAAUAUAUUUUUUGCCCAUUUUGCGUUGUAUUUUAUCCAUCUAGAGCCACUUCCAAAAAGAGGUAAAUCAUCAGCAAGCAGUUUAGCUGAAGAAUCAGUAGCCACGACUUCAAGGACUGCAGAUGGUACGUAUACUGUUAAUCUACCCAUACCCGUGAAAGGAAACGGUGUAUCUUAUGGUCUCUAUUGCUGGCCAUUACCUCCGAGCAUUGUUAGGUACGUGCGAAGUGUUUCUUCCGUUUGCACACCCUGUUGCAUGUUGUUAAGAGUUCUUGUACAAUGUUUGAAACUGUCGAAGGCGCUUACUUCCAGGCAUGAAAAACUUCCAUAAAAGGCUAGGUCCCCGUGUACCGGUUAACGAAAAUCGCGUGACAUUGGUCAACCGAAAGAUAGUGUGACAGUUUCAUAAAUAAACCAUUAAAGAAAAUUUCACAAAAUUCGGUUGCAUAGCUAACUGACAAAUCCAGAUUUUCAGCAAUAAAAAAACCGUUAAACUGUCAUUCAUUCUCAAGACUUCCAUUUCAGUUGUCACGCUAUCUUGGAUUUGACCGGUGUCACGCAAUUUUCUUUAAAAGAGGAACCCAUUGUCUUUCAAGUUUAUAAGAUUAGCCUGAGCAUACUAAACACAAAAGAAAUGAGCAAUGUCUAAAAAACACUAAUUUCCCAGGAAAUGGUUCAACUGGCGACUUAACGAUGUUUCAUCGAUUACUAUGCUCGCUUGUAUUUUGUCUUCGACAUGGCCUGCGAUUGGCUCUACGCAACCUUUCUGGAACGCUGGUGUUUUUCCCGUUCCAAAAGGGGCAGUAGCGAUAAGGUGAGGGUUUGCCGUAUGAGGGUGAGGGUUUGCCGGGUUCGUAUGAGCCAAGAAGCUUCAGUGUUGUAUGAGCCAGCAAAGAGCUUAUGGAUACCAGGGCAGAACAAAGCAACAUCUCGCUCGUUGUGCCAUGGCUACAAGCAAACACCGUCAGCCAUUGACGAAGACGUUAGGAUAAAAUUAAUUUUCGUCGAUAGGAAAGCGAAUUUGGCCCAGCUGCGACUCCAGUUCCGGGUCGAUGUGACAUUACUUUGUGUGUGCAUGAUAUACACACAAAAAGCGGAAGCUCAAGGGUUUAAAGCCAUGUACGAUGUACGUUAUAAUCAGCUCCUUUGAAAGCGGGAAAAGCUGGCAGGAACUCGAGAGGCUUGGGCCCAAGAGUGCCCUUUCCCGUUCCAGGGCUUCUCGGAGCCCAAAAUGGCCCAACUGGCCCAGAUGACCCAACUGGCCCAAAUGACCCAAAUGAUGUAACUGGCCCAAAUGUCCCAAAUGAUGACCAAAAUGACCAAAAUAACCCAACCAUGAACCAAUGCCGUCAUUUCAUUAUUAAAAAAAAAUUAUUAUUUAUUAAGUUAUCCAGUUGCCAUUUUAUUACUGCAUGUGUUAUUAUUUCAAGUUAUCCAGCUGUCACACUAUCUUUCGGUUGACUGAUUUCACGCAAUUUUCGUUAACCGGUACACGGGGACAUAACCCAUAAAAGAAACUGGCGAAUCAAAUCGGCCAGUUAAUGUUUGAACUUUUUCCGCCGUGACAAAUGAAGGAGGUUCUUAUUAAUUUGUACACAAAGCACAAAAACUACUUCUACACUACAAAGCGAUAAGGACCCCACUGAUUACGACAGAUUUAUGGAGUGAUUACAUGGUUAAUUUCAGCCCGGGCUGAGAUAUUGUUGCGAUUACAUGACUAAUUGUAUAGCUGUUAGUUAAUCCGAUAUUGUCAGCAAAGCUGUUAUCCUUUAAUUUUUACGAACUGUCCAAUUAAGGAUUAAUUUGGAUAGUUUCAGAUAGGGCUUUCCUUUACAAAUAGGCAAACUGUCCAAUCUAAGAAAAAUAGGACAGCUGGUGUGAGCUAAUCAAAUGCCAGGAAAUACAAUAGGCAAUUCAAACUAGCCAAACUAUACAUUACCUCUUUCUGAACGCAAAUUUUGCACUUAAACUUCAAGGAAAAUUUUGGAAGGAUGACGUGGCAAUUAACGUUUAAAGCACAUCUGAGCGUAACUAUCAAACGCUUAACAAGAUAUGAGUGAAAAGUAGUUUGGGCCGCCAUUUUCCAGUUGGAGGGCAACAGUAUGCCCGCCAACAUGGCGGCCAAUUGCAAAUCAUACUACUUUGUUGAAAAAUCAAAGUGCCAUAAAAUAUCUCCCCCAAAUGCGUUUCCUCUCAAAUUUCGGGUGUAAGAUAAUUUUUGUGCUCUGCCAAUUUUUAGCACCAGCAAGAUUCCAACUCAUUGUUUAAAGGAAGCAUUGGUCACGUGACCACUUAGUGCAAGUGGCCUAUUUUGGUUGUCAUGUAUGUAUUUAAGCUCUUUCGACAAUAACUCCAUAAAACAUUACUCUUCAGAAAAUAGGUUUUGAAAAUCAAAUGGCUUCCAGACGGGACCAACUUUCAAAUCAAUUUUUUUGACUAUUUGACUAAGGUUAUUAAAUUCAAUUAACAAUAUUAAUUUCUUUUUUCUGCAGAAACGAAGUUUCGAAAUACUGCCAGUAACCCUCCAGAGGUAACUGUAACUAUGCUUACAAAUAGAAAACUUCCUAAAACAUCAGAACGUUUGGAUCGUGAGCAACUGCCAAUCGAUAUUCUGUUGUUGACAGUAAAGGACUGUGAGUUUUUAGCCUGUCUCUCCUUCCUGACGGGUUUCUCAAGGAUGUUUCAAAAAGGCCUUGGCGACGUGUACAUCGGAAAUAUAGGUGAGAUGAAAAUCGCCGUAAUGAAGUGCAAAAUGGGUGCGGCUGGUCCUGGAGGUGCAGCAGGUGUUGUUAGAGACGCAGUGAAAGCCUUAACGCCUAAGGCGGUGUUUUGUGUUGGUUACUGUGGGGGCUUACAACCCGUCAAAGUCAAGCUAGGAGAUGUGGUUAUUUCCGAGGUACUUAUCACAUACGCUCCUUCAAAAGUGACCAAAGAUGAUAUUGAAGAACGUGGCCACCGAGUUCCGCUGAAGCCCGAUCUUGCCUUGGUAAUACUCAAUGCUGCUGCUGGAUGGAGCCCACCGUUGUGGGAUCCAGCAGAAUUAGAGGUGGAGCGGGUAAAACGUGGUGCGUUACUGAGUGGACCAUAUGAUAUUGAUAACAAUGAUGUGCGUAAAGCACUUCUCAACCGAUUCCCUGGGGCAAUUGCUAUCGAGAUGGAGGGCGAAGGUAAAGUAAAAUAAUAUUUAAUGAUAAUAAUCCAUCAAUCCCAAUUUAAGUGAUGUAAACUGCGUUAGAAAUGGGCGUAACGGUUAUCCAAAAAGUUUCGAUCUAUUUAUAAUAAUGAUAAUAAUAAUAAUAAUAACAAUAACUUUAUUUCUAUAGCGCCCUUAUCCUAUGUUCAAGGCGCUUUACAAUCAUGUAAACAACAUUAUUGAAAAACAUUUACAAAUUUACAACCAUAUCCUAUUAUAUUUACAAUGAGUAAAAAAGAAAAAAAUUAAAACUAAAGCAACUAUUAAACCAUCUUAUUCAUAAUGAUAAAAAAAGGGAAAAAUUAAAACUAACGGAAUAUAUACAAAUCUAUAAAAACAAUGAUCCGUUAUUACUGAAUUUAGUGAACAAGUACGUCUUAAUUGAUCUUUUAAAACUCGAGAUGGUGUUGGACUUCCGAAUUGCAUAGGGUAUUAAUGUAUUUCCCGUAUACACCAACGCUCAAACAUGUCCUAUUUUAAUUGGUUUAAAAUGUGUACGAUUCAGACUAACGAGAACAUAAUCGUAGCCGCUUUUGAUUACUUUCUAACCAUCGCUUGACGUUCGGAAAUAUUUAUCACUAGCUGCAUUAAAAUAGACAACAUUUUAACAUGUCAAAACUUUGGUGUGAACGAGACACAAGGUUUGAGGCGUUUUUAAACCAAUGGAGAACUGAAAUAAACUGGCUUCAAUUCUGUCCCAAACCAUACGUAUAUUUGGGAGCUUGAGCAACCACGAAAGCGCUGGAGGCAAUUGGAACGUCUAAAAAGGAAAACAAAAACUCAGCAUACUUUUAGAUCUUUGGUCAAAUUUCAGAUCCUUCUCUUGGAAAUGUGUAAUCUACUACAUGUUAUCUUCACUUUCAGGUGUUUACUCAGCAGCACAUGACCUGAAUGUUGAGUGGAUAAUUAUAAAAGGCGUGUCGGACUUCGCAGACGGCAAGGAAUCUGACACAGAUGCAUGGCGAUCCUUUGCGAGUUUAAUGGCUGCAUCAUUUGUUGCUCAUAUCCUCAGUAAUCCCAUCAUUUUUGAAGACUGGCCUCACUACAAUAAGGGACAGACAAAUCUACCUCCCUCCUCAGGUGACUACAAAAAUGAAAUGUUUAAUUUUUCAAAUGAUAAUUAUGAAACAAACAACCAACAGUGUUCCAAGAUACAACAAACCAAAACGCGACUGAUUCUAAUGUGGCUUUUUUUUUUUAAUUUAAAAAUAAAGAAGCCACAAUAGCUGCAAACCUUUUACCUUUUCAUUCCAAAGACGCACAGUCAAUACAAAAGUAAUCGCUUCUGAACAGCAAACAUCGAAAAGUUCAGUAUUCUAAUGUUGAAUCGCUUAUUAUGGACUGAAUGAUGACUGUUUCUUCCAUGUUUCAAUGGGAAGAAAAACCCCUAAUAGUUUUUCGAUAAAAAGACCUUUAGAAUGGGUAAUCUCGUACCCAGAUCUCUUAUUGACGAGGCUGAAGGCGAGAUCUGAUCUAGUAAGAAAAUUCAAUUUUUUCUGGUUGGCUAGAUUGUGGGCGAAUGACGUGAGUGUUGCCUCUUGUGCGUGCUAUUGUGUGUGCAAUUCAUUCUCUGCAAAGCCUUCCGUUCUGUUCAAAUAAAUAUUUUCACUGAAGAGUAGUUUUCCGUGUCAAUAUAACUUGUAAACCCAUUUUUAUCUUAUUUUUAAAGACUUUUGAACAGGGUUAAAAAAAAUUAUCGCGUAGAGGUUGACAUGUACUGCUUUUAGCAGGUCUUAGCGCUAGCUGUAAUAAUUAAAUUUAAACCAUAAAUUAUCCAUGUUUAAACUAACUUUUGCGUUGAAUUUGAUGUAUCAAAGGGCAACAACAAUAACAAUAAAUUAGCUGGUUCAUACUCAACAUGUGCUUAUAACCAUGUUUUGUUAAAAAAAAAAAUACUGCACAUCCCUAUACAUACAUACAUACAUAAGAUAAGCUAGUAUCUUCGAGUUACAAGUAAGAUUUUAAAGCUACUAAAACAAGAAACUAUCAAAUUUGUUGUUUAAUACGUCGAAAAUUAAGGAUUUAUUUCGAGCAUACGCUUUUUCAUCGCUUUCCACAUUCCUCACAGGCAAUCACGCGUACAAAUCAGAUUUGGCCAGAUCUCUCCUUCGGCUUCGUCAACAAGAGAUCUGGGUACGAGAUCAUAGAAUCGGUUAGAAUUCGAUCGCUAUGUUUUAAAAUGUUGAUUUUAGCCUGUGCAUGUUCGGACAUUCCGGCAUAUAAUGAGCUUGUACUGCUUGUGAUGUAGUCUCCCACGUGGACCGUCCUAGGGGGGGUUCGUCACGGGUUCCUAAGAACGUCUGCGUGGGAGGCUACUUAGUCUAUGAUAUAGCCGCUCAAAAUGGUUUGCGAUAACAUAAAGAAUCAUGUUUGCAGUGCGUUUUCAUUUGCCCGCGUAUUUGAUUUCUCCUCUUCUAACCUAUAAGUUUUUCAGUUUCCUUAUGAAACGAUCACAGUGCCGAUAAAGCGGACCAAGACACACUAUGCAAAGGCCAAAAGCUACCUUAGGAGUUUAUCCCUGUAAUGUAUUCGCAUCGUUUCGCGAGCUAACUUAAUUAUGCAAUUAUGCGUAUGUAGCCACGCCUUCGUAGAGAGGGGACCGGAAAGGUGGAAGGGGUUUAAGCAACAUGUGGAACUAAUGUUCGGUGGUCCGCUCUCCAGCAAAAAAGAAGGAAGAAAAAAACAGCUAUCUGCUCAUAUGGUGUGGCGAGAAGGGGCGAGGUCUCGUGAACACAUGAUCGAAUAUCAGCGAGGACGACAAGAAAAAACUCAAGACUUACCUCGACCGAUUUGAAGCACAAGUGGAACCAAAAGCAAACACCGUAUUUUCCCGACACAAAUAUCACAACCGCGUUUACGGUGAAGCCGAGACGGUGGAGCAGUUUGUAACCGACUUGAAACUACUGGCUAGAGAUUGUGCUUUCUAGGAACCGGAAUAAAUGAUCAGGGACAGGAUCGUAUUCGGUACAAAAUUCAAGAAAAGGUGAUAAACAAAGGCAAAGAUCUGUCCCUUGACAAAGCUAUUGAAAUUGCAAGAACAUAUCAACUGCCAAAAGCACAAUUAAAGUCAAUGAAGUCAAGCAGCGAAGUGGUUCAUGGAGUAAUUGAGGGGCAGCAGUACAGAAGGAAUUCUUCGAACACACCUUCCAAGGAAAGACCACAAUCAUGCACAGGCGGUUGAGGCAAUGUUCAUGUAAAAGUGUAAUGCCGAGCUAUGGGCAAAAAGUGCCUUAAAUGCGGGAAAGCAAAUAAUUUUGCUUGAAUGUGUAAAACAAGUACUAAACAGGUACAUGAAGUCACGAAAGCCGACUACCAAGUAAGUGACAGUUUCUUUGUUGAAACUAUAUCUGAAGACAAGAGGUCUCCAAAUCAUGUCUUUGUGGAGAUUUAAUUAGACCAGAGUAAGGAAACAGUAAGCUUUAAGCUUGACACAUAGGUCAACUAAAGUCUCAGAAUCUAGGAAAAAACCCACACAAACUAUAUGGGUAUGAGGGAAAACCUCUAAUGGUCGAGGGAAAAUGUUAAUUGCCCUGCAAGUACAAGGAGACCAGUGAAAUGCUACAGUUCUACUUAGUAUCUACACAAGCACCUCCUAUUCUGGGUUUGUCAUCAUGCCUUUUGUUAAAUUUGAUAAAGUUGAUAUUACCUGUAGAAGGAAUCCUGAAACUAGAACAGACCCCAAGUGAUGUACUCAGUGAGUAGGGUGACGUGUUUGAAGGCUUCAGGACUUUGCCAGGGACUCACAAGAUUAAGCUGAAGCCAGAUGCAGUAGCUGUAAUCCAUCCCCACGCAGAAUCCCAGUGCACUUAUUGACAAACUAGAAAAAGAAUUAAAGAGAAUGGAAGAUCGUGGCGUCAAAGUCAGAGUAAACGAGCCAAUUGAUUGGGUGAACUCAAUUGCAACACAAAAAAGCAGCGCACAGGCGCUUUGCGAGUCUGUCUCGACUCCAGAGAUCUGAACCAGGCGAUUAAGCGUGAACACUACCCUCUGCCAACCCUAGAGGAUUUAACCCUGUUGCUAUCUGACGCUAAAUAUUUCAGCGUUCCCGACGCAACCUUGGCUUAUUGGCAUAUAACGCUUGAUGCUUGGUGAGAGCUCGUUGUUAACCACCUUCAACACGCCGUUUGGGCGGUAUUGCUUUACCAGAAUGCCCUUCGGAGUUCACUCAUCUCAGGAGGUAUUCCAGAAACAAUGGACAUGAGAUUUGAAGGUAUCAAUGGAUGUGAAUCCAUCAUUGAUGAUAUGCUGACUAAGGAUCAUCCAAAAGGGAUCAUGACAAGAAUUUGAAGAGAGUUUUAGAGCGUUCCAGAGAGAUUGGAAUCAACUGGAAUGCUGAGAAGUGCGUUAUAUCAACGACAAAAGUUAGUUACUCUGGUCACGUGCUAUCUAACAAAGGCGUUCAGCCAGACCCGAAGAUAACUGCUGCCAUUCAGGACAUUGAGCCUCCAAAGAGCGAGUCGGAAUUGGAAAACCUACUUGGCAUGGUCAACUUCCUAGCAAAAUUUACACGUAAUCUUGGCGGAAGCCACCACACCUAUGACAAGUCUUCUAAGAAAGACUCUGAGCUGGUGUGGGACUGUGCAAAGUACUCUGCUUUUAAAGACACGAAGAUGUUAACUGCUUUUGCAGGAACCUUGGCCUACUUCGAUACAAACAAGAGCGUAGCAAUGGAGGUUGACGUUUAGAGCCACAAUCCAAGACAAGAGAUGACCCGGCGUCACAGCAGCUAAUCAGAAUCGUACAAGUCGGAUGGCCGAAUCACAGAGGGCAGUGUCCCAAAUCAGUCCUGCCGUAUUGGAAUUACAGAGAUGAGCGGACAGUGAUUGACGGGCUUGUGUUUAAAAGAGAGAGUAUAGUCAUUCCCACCGCUGCCAAAGGAGAAAUGUUGAAACGAAUCCAUGUGGGACAUAUGGGAAUUGUAAAGUGCAAGAACCGAGCAAAGGAAGUGAUGGUCUGGCCAAGCAUGAACGGUCAGAUAGAAGAAAUGAUCUCAAACUGUCCAACCUGCUUACAGUUUCGCAUAUCUCAUGCGCCAAAAGAGCCCAUGAUAUCACACGAAGUCCCGGAAUUCCCGUAACAAGUUGUGGCAGCAGGCCUAUAUCAGAUUGAUGAUGAGCACUAUCUUAUCGUGGUGGAGGACUACAACAGCAGAUAUUUUGCGUUGGAAAAAAUGUCCAGCACCACCUUCCCAGCAGUGAUAAGCAGAAUAAAAGCCAUAUUUGCAAGAUUUAGAAUCCCGGAAAAGGUGGUGUCAGCUAAUGGUCCCCAGUUUGCUGGAGCAUAAUUUUUUACUUUGUUCCGAGGACUAGGAAUUCCACCAUGUAACUACAAGUCCUCUUCACCUUCAAGCAAACGGGAUGGUCGCAGGGAGGGGAGAUGUUAUGUACUCGCAUCGUUUCGCGCUAACUUAAUUAUGCAAUUAUGCGUAUGUAGCCUCGCCUUCGUAGAGACACGCGAUAUGACAGUCGAACAGUGAACUCUAGAUUUUACAAUCCCCGUGAUUGAUGUACAUGAAUUUGUCACUAAGUAGGAUGACAAAUUUUUUCUUUCCAGUUCAAGGUGAAAGUGGUGAACAUGUGGAACGCAAAGGUUCUGAAAGUGAGGCACAAUCCAAAGGCAAGAAAAAGCCCGUAUCUAGUGGUAAAGGUACAUAUAUAGUAGCUAUGUAAAGGUUAAUUUUAUCGACCGAGUUUUAUGUUGAUAACAUCUUCCUUUCAACUGCUUCUUUGUCACAAGUAGACUUUUUCUCAAGAAGACCCCUGUUCUUACUUCGACAGUUGAGAACUGAAUGAUUUAUUUAAAUGUUCUUAACACCUUUUGUUCUUACACAAGUAACGUAAUCUGAAUAUAUUACAUUUAACGAAUAUUUCAGAACAUUCCCGCCCAAACGCAGGCGUUUAAAGCAAAGUAUCUGCAAAAAUUCAAAAUAAACAACGGAUCGAUUAAAACGCACAACAUCAACUUAAGUUUCACUUAGUCUAAUAAUCGUCACUUUCCCACAUUCUUUGAUGACAUUAAUUUGAGAUUACACUUUGAACUGGAUUAAACGAAAAUAUUAUUUAAUACACAAAGUCUAGUAUAUUUUUAGUAAAACCAUGAACAACAACUGAUCACAUCAAUAAACAUAACAUUUUUUAUUAUAAUUACUCAUAGGUGAUUAUAGCCCGGGUGGGUGACCCUAUUCGGCGGAAUGGCGGAAUACAUGGAAUAUUCUAGAAUACGGAAUGUACGGAAUAUACUAAAAGACGGAAUUUACAGAAUAUUCUACACAAAACACGGAAUAUACGGAUUAUUUUAAAACGCAGAAUAAGAGAAAAAUCGUUUAAAAAGGAUAUACAUAUAUACAGUCGACUCCCAUAACUCGAACCCUCGCUACUGACUCGAACAUCUUGCUAACUCGGAGUAAUACUAAUUUUUGUUUCUCUUCAGAUCAUUUCUAAAUAAUUUUACCCUCAAUAACUCAAACCAUCUUUUAAGCCCGUGACAAGUAAAAGAGGGUCUGGAUGGGGUUAACUGACAACUGACAAAUAGGCUAAAAUUUAACUGACAACUGACACUUGUAGAGGGUUUUACUGACAACUGACAAAAGAUCUUAUUGCCAUAAAUAUCCUUCAAAACCCGUUGUAAAUAACAAUGUUUUACUCUUUUCGUCAAACAAAUGCACGUUUUAUAUUAAAUCUUAGCAGCAGGACGCUUGAGUGUCAUAAUUCGUUAAUAAUUUACUGUAUGACCCAUGUACAUCAGGGUCAUAAUUUUCACCUCUGAUCUCGAACUUACAAACUCACGCUGAGCAGUCCCGAGCACGCUCCAGCUUACAUGAUGGCUGCCAAUGCUGGCGUUAUUAAAGCGAUCGUAAGCUUUUAACGCGUUAAUUCGGAUACGGCAUUCGAAAGACAUAGAAGCCGUAUUCUUUAAGGCUAGCUAAAGGUUCAUUUAUAGGUGGGUGAAUUCUCACAACUUGUUUGGAAUAAAGCAUGAUUCAGCUUAAAAUAAUGGUCAUAUAUACGACCAUAACAGUACUUGUAAUUAAUCGUAUCGCUGUACAUGUAGAAGAGCCAGUUCAAAAAAGAGGUAAAUCGUCAGCAAGCAGUGAAGCUAACUAAUCAGUGGCGCCUUCCCCAAGGACUGCAGAUGGUAUUUGUAUACGCAGUCUAGACAUGACUCCUCGGGGAUCAAAUCAUUCACAAAUAAGAAAUAUUUAUCAAGGAGGUCCUUGGAUGGUUUUAUCAGUAGUAAGAACACCACCCAUGAACGCGUUCCCGUUCAAACCAUAUUGUUCGCACCUUCAUCAAGGACGCUAACGCGUUCGUCUUUCUUCAUUAAGCCCAUCAUUAAGAUGACUGAAAAAUCGUCACAAAUUAAAUAUCCAACAGUGAUCCUUCACAAAAUUCAGAUACACCCGUAAGUUCUACAUUUAAACUGAUUUCCAUCCAUUUAUUGCAGUUUCAAUCAAAGAUGGUACCUUAACAAAGGAUGAGUUGGAAGCCCUGUCUCUGAAGCUUGGGAGUUCAUGGCAGGUUCUUGCUCGACGUCUGGAGUUUAAUGAGGCAGAAAUUACCGCAUUUCACAAGGAGAACGAGGAAUAUUCUAUGAAAGCAUAUAAAAUGUUAAUUCGGUGGAAAGAGGAUAACACCUCAAAAGCAACUUACAAAGUCAUGUAUAAUGCCUUGUGUCAUAAUUUCGUAAAGCGUAGAGACUUAGCAGAGGAAUUUUGUUGUGACUUAAAGUAGCAGUUUGCAGUUUGUAAACUGAGAUUGGCUGAAAUCGCAGAAUGUGCCAGCUGUGGUCAUUUUUUCUUUUCCUGCAUGGCUUUUCGCAUGGUUUACGAAGUUUGUGCAGCACUCGUAAUGUGCUGAAAGCUCGGUCCGAAUUAAUCAAGUGUCCUUUAUAUAGUACCUUUUUUGUACUUACUUUGGUGAGACAGUAUUUCGAGGGAUUUUAUUUUAUCGAUUUCAAUAGGCAAACAUGAGAAAAGGGCAUUAAAUUACGCGAUUCAAGGGUCUCAACUUCAUUUUAGGUUUCAAAAAGUCUGACCUGUAUAGUUUUAAAUAAACUGUUACAAGCAAAACCCAUAUUUCAAAAAUUAACUUCUAAAGUAAACAAUAACUGGGAAUCAUUACAAUAAAAAAAUCCUCAACUACGUUUUGUGAACUCAGUCUAAAGAUGAAGAAUCUUUCGUCAAGCAAACUUUUUCUAAUGUUAUUUGACUUACACUGCAGUGGUAAGAGUAGCUUUCACUCUCACUUGAUAAAGGCGUCAGAAUAUUUUAACCUACCCGACUUCAACGCUGAUUUGUUGCGUACCGCUAUAGAAAAAAACUUUGUAAGCUUAAUGAAACAGGAAUAUCGGUCAGCGGUUGUCAUGCGAGCAUGGCGUGCUUUUCUCAGCUCUGUUAAUUUUACUUUUAUAGUUAACUUUUUUCGUGCUUUUUCGUUGUCUCUUAUUUAUCUACUGUACCAGAAUGGUAAACUGCUAAGAUGGAGCAAGAAAAAACUAAAAUGGAGGCGAUGUUGAGAUCCAUUUUGGAUGAAAUCUUAGAAUCCAAACUGACGGCCAUCUUGUCAUCCAUCUUGGACGCAAAGCUGAAGACUUAUGAGGAAUCGAUGAACGUUUAUAAUACAAAAUUUGAAACAAUGAAAGCAAAGAUGGAAGGCUUGUAUAACUAUCACCAUAAUUUUCUUCCAUCUUCCUUUGAAAAUUUCUUUAAAACGGUAGCAUCCAUACACUCAUACAAUACUAGGCUUGCUUCUAAAUUAACCUAUUACCUCAAUACUAUCAAAACAAACUAUGGUAAAUUCAACUUUCGCUUUGCGGCUGUAAAAGUUUGGAAUAACCUUGAUGAA